AUGUUAAAUGAGGAUGCCCAGGAUGUUGGUAACUCUCGGGAUCAGACUCGGGGACCAGUCAUGGUGAAAGUUGAUAGUGAGACUUGUAAAGAUAAGACAAGUAAUUGCGGCAAUGAGUUUGAUGACAAUCAAGACAAGAGAAUUAGUAUUGAAGAUGUUGAGAGCAGAGUCUCGAGAUUGGAGAGACGGUUACGGGCUAUGGAACAACCGGUUUGGCAAAUUAGAGGCUGGCCAGAGGAUUGGGAAGUUUGUGUUGAAGGUCCUUGUAAAUGCAGACCGGAAACUAAAUCUAUUUCUUGCUGGCGCUAUGGUUUAUUUGAUGUACCGGCUGGCCAACUGGUUCCACAAGAUAUUAUUAAACUGGAUCUUGGAAGCAAUCAAUUGACGGCAUUACAUCGUGAUACAUUUAGAAACUUGACUGAGCUACGAGAUUUAGACCUGAGUAAUAAUAUGAUCGAACACUUACCAUUGAAUUCAUUUUAUUCACUCUACAGUAUAACUCAUUUACGAUUCAGUAAAAAUUUACUGCGAGACCUUCAUCAGAAUUUAUUUGUUCGCAUGCGUCAUCUAGAAAUCGUAGACUUAUCAUCAAAUAAAUUACAAACGUUACCCGAAGGUUUAUUCGUUGGCAAUACGGCUCUACUUUUACUGGACGUGUCUUCAAACAAAAUAUCAGAACUACCAAACGAUAUUUUCUUCAGCCUCAAAGAACUCGAAGAUCUUUUGCUGUCAAAAAAUCAGCUGUCACACCUCGACAAAAAUAUAUUCAAGGAUCUGAUUAAUCUGAAGUGUCUCAAGUUGGAAGAAAAUCACUUAAGAGAACUCCAAGUCGGGCUGUUCGACUCCCAGGCCAGUUUGAUUGAACUAAUCCUCAGAGAAAAUCAGAUAAAAAUAAUUCCCGCUGAAUUAUUCAUAAAUUUAGAAGCUCUGACAAUUCUAGAUCUAUCGAAUAAUUUAAUUGGCCAAUUAAACAAAGAGGCAUUUAGUGGACUGAAGUCUUUGAAAGAACUGAGGCUGGGGAAAAAUCACAUUAAAGUUCUUCCGAAAGGUUUAUUUUUAUCAACACCGGCACUGCAACAGCUGGUUCUCUAUGGAAAUUCUCUAGAAAAAUUAUCCGAUGGAGAUUUUCAAGGUCUUCGUAAUUUGACAUCUUUGUUUCUUCAUUCAAAUCGCAUUCGACGUCUCACGUCUGACGUUUUUAAAGAUACUCCGAAUUUGAGAAAAUUGCAAUUAGAAAGUAAUCAGCUGUCGUACGUCCCAGGUAGAUUUUUCGACAGCGUUCCGAUGAUGCAGCAGCUGCGAUUAUCUCGUAAUCCCUGGCACUGCGAUUGUGAAGUCGCUUAUCUUGCAAUGUGGUUAAGAAGAAUGUACUUCGCGCGUAAUAAUCAUAAUCAUAAUCAUAAUAUUAAUAUUAACAGUACAAUUGAUAGUAAUACUAAUAAUAAUAGUAAGAAUAGCACAACAAAUAAUCAAAAUCGUAUCAAUUUUUGGCAAUCUGGCGCCGGCGCACUCUGUCUUGGCCCAGGAACACUCGGCGGCAAAUUAGUCAUCGAGUUGACGUUCCAUCAGCUCUGUGACGGCCAAUGGGCUUCAAUGAGAGGAUUAGCGCCAAGAUUACCUGUUGACCUUCUUACCCCAUCUCCACCUAAAUCACUACAGUAA